GCCUUCUGUGGGUAGACUGGAACCACGGUUUAUAUAUAGAGAUAACCUUAAUUUAAAAACGUUCAGGUUAAUUUUAUGAAAAAGUGCUCCGUUUGAUUGUUCUUUAGAGAAAUGAAGAGUAUAAUUUGUUUAUUUCUCUCGUAGAAGUUAAAAAUUUUCAACUUAAAAUGUCCCUAGCUGUUUCCAACAGGAAUUUCUUCCUCAAGCUUCAAUUGUUGAAGUACGGAAGAUUGUACGCUACAUCUCUUUCUUCAGUUGAAGAUGAAUACACACAAACACCACAGUAUCCAGAAAUUGUGGAUCUUGCACCAUUCGAAGUUAAAAAACAAGAUGCUCAAGACUACUAUGAGACAAUCAAGGCCGUUAAAACUGUUGAGGAAAAACAAAUAAAAUUAAACAUGCCCAAAUAUUACGGUUUUAAAUGUUUUAUGCUGCACGAAAACGCAAUACCAUAUAAUAAUUUAAAUCUAACUCAGUAUCUUACAAAAACACAUUUAAUCGAGAAUAACCAGCUACCAAUAGUGUGCCCCACAAUGGAACAUGUAAACCUGGAAGCGUUAAAACGUGAUGUUGAAGAUGUUUUAAUACUAGCUCAUGAGGGAUAUUGCAAGAAUGCAUCUGUUAAAGAUUCUAAUUUAACUGAAGAGGAAUCGCAAAAUGCAAUGAGUUCAAUUAUAAGUCAGCAAAUACAUCGAGCCAUUCUGUUAAAUUUACAUGUGAAUUAUCCACAUUUGGAAGCAGUACAGACAGACAUCGAUCCACGUAUUGAGUCCUGUUGGUUUAGCGGUGGAAUUCCCAGCAAUCGAGAACAUGAGUGUGCAGUAACUGAGCGGAAAGACAAAGCGGUACAAUAUGUUGGAGUACCUACUCUAACAGUGCGCUCUGAAGUUCCAUUAUCUCCAAUAAUAUCUUUUGAUGAAGCAAAAAGUACUAACUUUAACAUACCAAAUUGCGAGUACCAGCCGCAGUCAUUUGGAGUAUUUACCACUCAUCGGCGGAUUGUUAAUGUGCCAGGAUUUUGGCCAGGUGAUCCGUAUCAAUUUGGAUUAUUAGCAUACCAUUACAGAGGACAUAUCUUAAGACGAAGGUUCAAAGAUCCAGUUGAGCAUCAAGAAGCUCUGCAUAGACAGGGAAUUUUGGCAGGUUUUGGUUGGCUCAAUGCCCAAGCGAACUUUUUGGGAUUCUCCACCUACAAUGAUAUUACAUACCCGUUAGUGACGCAAUGUGUAGUUACAAAUGGGAAAAUGUGGUCUUUUUAUGCUUACCAACUCAACACGAUACUAAUGCACUUGAAGUAUAUUGAGGAUAACUCAAAAGUUAAUAUUUGUUGGGGUUCAAAGGAAUUAAAACUCUAUGAAGAAAUCCAAAAUGGCAAAGUGAUCGGUUUUAAUGAAGAUGUUCUGAAGAUGUUGGUUUCAUUUUAUACUAAUGUUCCGAGAGAACGUUCGGGAGUUGAGCUUAGGCCAUUCUUAGGUGAUCAAGAAAAAGUGAUUGCGGAUCUACAGGACGAUGAAAGACGUGAAUGGCUUGAAAAGGAGUACAAAUUCAUUACCUCAAAUCGACCUAGACAUUAUUUGCCGUAUGAAAUAUAUCAUUGGGAAAAAAUAUAUAAAAUUGAUCACAAGAAAAGACCCAUGGAUGCAAGAAGACGGCCAUUUGAACUGUUCAUUAAUCCUUGGGAUAGGACUUAUAAUAGCCGCAAACCACGUUAUAUACCUAGAAAACAUAGACCUGAUGUUAAACGGCAUGUUGGAAGAGAUGCUAAAGAAUAUUUUCCGUAAUUGUUAAUAAUUUCUGUAAAUGAAGCUGUUUUUGUUUUAAUAUAGAAUCGACGACUCCA